GCGGUUCACAUGAUGACUGUAGUGGAGAGUGGGAGUUUGGGAGUUUGGGAGUGAGGAGUUUAGCAGCAGCAGCAGCAGAGUGGGACCCCAUUCACCCCUUAAACUCCCUCAAUCUCUCACUUAACUACUGAUAAACUGGGUCAUCAGAGACACAUUUCUACACUGACUUUUAUCUGCUGCAGAACAUGGAGGACAACAACAGUCAAGUAGAGCUGGUGCUUUCCUCUGACCUCAAUGAGGAGGAGGGAUCAUAUUAUCACUUCCAUCAGUCACCAACCAGCAAACCCAGACAGUUCUCGCCCAGAAACAUCUGCUUAAUGAUCUCGGCCACUGUGUUCGUCUUCAUCUUUGGAGUGCUGAUUGGCUAUUUCACUCAUCCAAAGGCAGAUGGAUUUUCUCCCAGCUGUGCAGAGACGGUUUCUCCUGAUGGUGAUGAGGAUGAUGAUACCAGAGUUCUGACUACAACAGUCUUGGACUGGAGCAAUCUUACAGCCUUAUUAAAAAACACACUCAACACAAAGAGCAUUGAAGACAGUCUCAGGCUUUUCUCCAGUGACACUCAUGAAGCAGGAUCUUUAGGAGAUGAGGAACUGGGGGAAGAAGUUCUCAGGAGAUUCAGGGAUUACAGCAUGACCCCCUGGACUGAUGAGCACUUCAUUAGUGUCCUGGAUCGGUUUUCUAGCGGCACCAGCAGAGUGAAUUUCCGUGGUGCUGAGUUUGAUGAGUCAGGCUUUCUGGCCUACAGUGCGAAAGGCUUAGUGAAGGGUGCUGUUUUAUACGCCUAUUAUGGAGAAGUGGGCGACUUCAAGCAGCUGCAGGACUUAAACAUCAGCACUACAGGACGGAUCGUCUUGGUCAGAGCUGGGAAGAUCAGUUACGCUGAAAAGGUGGCUAAUGCAGCUGCUGUGAACGCGAGUGCGGUUCUGAUCUACCCGGAUCCUGCAGAUUACUCAUUUGAUGAGGGAACAGAUCUGUUUGGACAUGUUCAUCUGGGCUGUGGAGAUCCCUACACUCCAGGAUUUCCAUCCUUCAAGUUUCCUCCAGCCCAGUCCUCAGGCCUGCCCACCAUCCCCGCCCAGACCAUCCGGCCCAGUACAGCUGCAGCUAUUAUGAGGAGAAUGGGUGGUCCUGACCCUCCUCAAGGCUGGGGUGAUGGAGGUCUCAGAGACGUUCAGUACAGACUGGGUAACAGCAGUGAUAUGGCCUCAGUGGAGGUGAACAUCACCCUCACCGUGAAAAAGAUCCUGAACGUGUUCGGAGUGAUCAGAGGCUUCCAGGAUCCAGAUCGCUACGUGGUGAUUGGAGCUCAGAGGGAUGCCUGGGGUCCUGGAUACGCCAAGUCUACAGUCGGCACCAGUUUGCUGGUUGAGUUAGCCAGAAGUAUUAGCGAGAUGAUCAGCAAAAAUGGAUUCCAGCCAAGGAGGAGUAUAGUGUUCGCAAGCUGGAAUGCUGGAGAAUAUGGAGCUGUGGGCGCCACCGAGUGGCUGGAGGGUUAUCUGUCCUCUGUGAAUAUGAGAGCGUUCUCCUACAUUAGCCUGGAUGGAGUCGUCACAGGUUCCUCUUUUAAAGCCAGUGCGAGUCCACUGAUGUAUGAUUUAAUUCAGAGUACACUGAAAGAGGUAUCUUCUCCCAGUGACCCCAGCAGGAGUUUGUAUUCAGAAGUGUCUGGGCGGGACUGGGAAGCUGCAGUGAUGGAGCCGAUGAAGCUUUCAGAUGCUGCAUAUCCGUUUUUGGCGUUCUCUGGAAUUCCUUCAGUCUCAAUCCGCUUUAGUUCAAAUAAAGGAGAAUACCCGUUCUUUGACACCAUGUUGGACACCAGAGAAAAUCUGAUCAAUAAAACUUCCAACAAAUUCCUGACGCUGGUUAAAACAGCAGGAGAGAUAGCCGGUCAGAUGGCUCUUCGGCUGGUUCACGAUCACCUGAUCAGACUGAACGUAGAGAAAUACACUAGCAUCCUCCGCAGCAACGUGGCCCUGAUCAACCGAGACCUCACCGGUCUGCAGGCGGCUGGUCGUAUUCCAGAGGUUGUGAAAAUGCAGUGGCUGAUGUCGGCUUUAGGCUCCUUCAGUCGUGCUGCCAAAAAACUCACGACCAGCAUCGAAGAAAGUGAUCUGGAGGAAGUCGAGCAGUGUCGCAUCAUCAAUAACCGAAUCAUGGGGGUGGAGAGGAACUUCUUGUCUCCGUAUGUCUGUCCACAGGUCAGUCCGUUCAGACACAUACUGCUGGGCUCUGGAUCUCACACUCUGGGGGGGUUAAGGGCUCACCUGACCGCCAUAAAGGAGGGCUCGGCCAGCGCCGACCUCGACCUGCUGAAGAACCAGUUCGCUCUGACCACCUGGACCAUCCAGAGCUGUGCCAACGCACUGGCAGGAAGCGUGUGGGAGAUGGACAACGAGAUUUAGGAGGAGUGAAGGAUGGAAACUGAUUAAUGCACUAAUGCACAGAUUCACCACAACGUCUUACAGUGAUGCUGCGUGACUCUGACUACGUUCACAUUACAAGCCACUUUGCUCAAAUCUGAUUUUUUUUUCUCAGAUCGGAUUUGGAUUAGAUCUUGAAAGUUCUGUAUCUGUGUGUAAUGUGAACGAAUCUGUCCCUGAAACGCCUCACAUGAGUGAAGUUAGGCUACAUUCACAUUCCCAGCCUGAAGUGACUCAGAUCUGAUUUUUUCAUGGCUGUGUGAACGUGCCAAAUCUGAUUUUUUUCAAUCAUAUUUGAGUGACUUUGUCUACUUUCAUAUUACCAGGCGGAAGUGACUCAAAUCUGAUUUUUUUGCUCAAUGUGGCUCAGAUCUGAUUUUUUUCAUGACUGUGUGAACGUGCCAAAUUCGAUUUUUUUCAAAUCAGAUUUGAGUCACUUUGGCUACGUUCAUAUUAAAAGCCACAUUGCUCAAAUUAAAUUUUUUUUCCCUCAGAUCAGAUCUUGAUGGUUCACAUUCACAAAUGUAAGUGAUCUGUAUCUGUGUGUAAUGUCAACAAAUCUGUCCCUGAAACAUUGCCUCACAUUCUCACACUGAUAACUGUAUAAACCUCAUAUUUUAGAGACGGCUCAAAUAUGUAAUAUUUUUGAGUGGCACUUAAGGUGGUAGUAAAGGUGAAAUUAGGCUUCAUUCACAUUCCCAGCCUGAAGUACACUCAGAUCUAAUUUUUUCAUGGCUGUGUAAACGCGGCAAAUCUGAUUUUUUCUUUCUUCAAUCAUAUUUAAGUGACUUUGUCUACUUUCAUAUUACCAGGCGGAAGUGACUCAAAUCUGAUUUUUUUUGCUCAAUGUGGCUCAGAUCUGAUUUUUUUCAUGACUGUGUGAACGUGCCAAACUCGAUUUUUUUUCAAAUCAGAUUUGAGUCACUUUGGCUACGUUCAUAUUAUAAGCCACAUUGCUCAAAUUCAAAAUUUUUUUUUGGCACUUAAGGUGGUAGUAAAGGUGAAAUUAGGCUUCAUUCACAUUCCCAGCCUGAAGUACACUCAGAUCUAAUUUUUUCAUGGCUGUGUAAACGCGGCAAAUCUGAUUUUUUCUUUCUUCAAUCAUAUUUAAGUGACUUUGUCUACGUUCACAUUACGAGGCUGAAGUGACUCAAAUCUGAUUUUUUGCUCAAUGUGGCUCAGAUCAGAUUUUUUUCAUGGCUGUGUGAUUGCGCCAAAUCAGAUUUGUGGGUACAAGGGAUGUGUGGGUAUGAGAGAGAAUCACGUAGCGCUAGUGCUAAUGCGUAAAAGCGUAAAAAACUCCGGAUUUGAGUCACUUCAGUUUGGUAAUGUGAAUGCAGCGUUAAAUUUGACUUUAAAAUUUUGGAAGAACCCUGUAAUAGGGGAUCCUCCUAAUUAAGCAGGACUUGCUGCUCAGUGGCGCCUAGGUAAUCAAAACUUUAAUUCCUAAAAACCCUUUUUCUGUCAAUGUGAAACAAGCUGGAUGUUAAACUACACCGAUUUCUCUCCUAAAAAGUGUUUAAUUGGGUGAGUAAAACGCUUCUGUUUAUUUAUAUUAAGCUUAGAUUUCCAGCAUUUUGAUUGAAAUGGCUGAUGAUAGCGGUAUCAACACCAGAUCGUUUUUACCUUUGGUUGUGUUACUAAAUCAAAAACAGCUAUCAUCAAAUCAUUUUCCCACACAUUUUAAUGUAUAUUAAGGUCAUGCACACUGAUUACGGCCUUUAUUUUGUUACUCUGCUUCAAGAAAUCUGUUUUAUUUUGAAUUUUGUGUCCAAUAAAUGAUUUUUUAUACUGUU